AUGGCGAGCCUAUCUUCUCGACUUGAUGCCCUUCGUCCAAAGGUGGAAGAGCUGAUGCGCAUUGGCGGGACACCAGGGCUUUCUCUGGGUGUCAUGCACCAUGGGAAUCAGGUCUACUAUGCGAGUUACGGCUACCGUGACGUAGAAGGACGUCUUCCGCCGACUGAUGAGACUGUUCUCCCCGUCUGCUCCUUGACCAAAGCGGUCACUGCGGCAGCCGUCGGAAUACUGGUCGAAGAGAAGAAGGCUCGUUGGGACACCUUGGUCAAGGACGCUCUGCCGUCUUUCCACAUCGACAAUGAUAUUCUACAAAACCACUUGACUCUCAUGGAUCUUCUCUGCCACCGUUCAGGCAUGUCAUGGGGCGAUAACCUAUUCAUCGGCACCGACAACAACGUUCUCAUUACGAGAAGCACCUUUGAGCUUGCCGGCAAAGUCAUUGAGUCACUCAGCAACGAGUCCUAUUUCGACUUCGUCCAGACUCGUCUUCUUGAUCCCCUGGGCAUGACUCGCACGUUUCUCAAGACGCCACCUUCAGACCUGGACAACGUCGGCAAGUGCUAUAACGCGCUUGAUGACGGAACCUCAGCACCCAUCACCGCCGUGAAAGCCGGAGACGACUGGUUCGGCACCCCGAGCGCCGGAAUGCGGUCCUGCGUCAAGGACCUCAUGAAGCUGUACAAGGCUUUCAUGACGUGUUUCAAUGAUCAAUUUGCCACCUGCAAGACGUCCACUGAUGGGCUACCAUUAAAGCAAGUCUCCGAGCUGAUGUCCGCCAAAAUGUUCAUGGACCAGCCUUCCAAGAAUGAGGCAUCCUACGGCUUGGACUGGGGCAGAGUUCAGCUUCCCGGAAGAAUGGGCCAAAUUGGGAUCAAUCCCGGUCUGAUGCCAGGCGGCAUGCCUGUCGUUGACAAGGGUGUCACGCCACGCCUGGUCAUUUUCCAUCAGGGCAGCCUGCCUGGCGCGCUCUCGCUCAAUAUGCUUCUUCCAGACACGCAAAGCGCCAUAGACAUCUCGUCGAAUGCUUUGGCCCUAAACGAUGUUCCUGAUUGGGUGGGGCAACUUGUACUCGAAGAGUUUCUUUAUGUUCCUGAAUCAGAGCGGAACGACUACAUCUCUGCUGCCAAAAGUUCGUCCGCACAGAAUCUGAAGCGGUAUCCGAACCUCAUCAAACAGCUCCGGGAAGCUCAGAAGAACGGGACAUCGCCAAGAAAGCUCGAGACCUAG